AGGCCUAGGGGGUUGGGACCUCGGCAGCAGGUCUGCCCGGGCCAGACGCGCGAGCGCAGGCAGCGGCUGCAUAUUGUUGGGUCUCCCGUCUCAGUUCUCCGAUCCGGGGUCUCCGACCGCCCCCGCCUCGCCCCGUCGCCAUGCGCUUCAGCUGCCUAGCGCUGCUCCCGGGCGUGGCGCUGCUGCUCGCCUCGGCCCGCCUCGCCGCCGCCUCAGACGUGUUGGAACUGACGGACGAAAACUUCGAGAGUCGCGUCUCCGACACGGGCUCAGCGGGGCUCAUGCUAGUCGAGUUCUUCGCCCCCUGGUGUGGACAUUGCAAGAGGCUUGCCCCUGAGUAUGAAGCUGCAGCAACCAGAUUAAAAGGAAUAGUCCCAUUAGCAAAGGUGGAUUGCACUGCCAACACAAACACCUGUAAUAAGUAUGGAGUCAGUGGCUACCCAACUCUUAAGAUAUUUAGAGAUGGUGAAGAAGCUGGCGCUUAUGAUGGGCCUAGGACUGCCGAUGGAAUUGUCAGCCACUUGAAGAAACAAGCAGGACCAGCUUCAGUUCCUCUCAGGACUGAGGAAGAAUUUAAGAAGUUCAUUAGUGAUAAAGAUGCCUCAGUGGUGGGUUUUUUCAGGGAUUUAUUCAGUGAUGGGCACUCUGAAUUCCUAAAAGCAGCCAGCAACUUGAGAGAUAAUUACCGAUUUGCCCACACCAACAUUGAGUCUCUGGUGAAGGAAUACGAUGAUAAUGGAGAGGGGAUCACUAUAUUUCGCCCGUUACAUCUUACUAACAAGUUUGAAGACAAAACUGUGGCAUAUACUGAAAAGAAAAUGACCAGUGGCAAGAUCAAGAAGUUCAUUCAGGAAAGCAUUUUUGGUCUCUGUCCUCAUAUGACAGAAGAUAAUAAGGAUUUGAUACAAGGCAAGGACUUACUCACGGCUUACUAUGAUGUGGACUAUGAAAAGAAUGCUAAAGGUUCUAACUACUGGAGAAACAGGGUCAUGAUGGUGGCAAAGAAAUUCCUUGAUGCUGGACACAAACUCUACUUUGCUGUAGCUAGCCGUAAAACCUUUAGCCAUGAACUGUCUGAUUUUGGCUUAGAAAGCACUACUGGAGAGGUUCCUGUGGUGGCUAUCAGAACUGCUAAAGGAGAGAAGUUUGUCAUGCAGGAGGAGUUCUCGCGAGAUGGCAAGGCUCUUGAGCGGUUCCUGCAGGAAUACUUUGAUGGCAACUUGAAGAGAUACCUGAAAUCUGAACCCAUCCCAGAGACCAACGAAGGGCCUGUCAAGGUUGUGGUAGCAGAAAAUUUUGAUGACAUAGUGAAUGAUGAAGAUAAAGAUGUACUGAUUGAAUUUUAUGCUCCUUGGUGUGGUCACUGUAAGAAUCUGGAACCCAAGUAUAAAGAGCUGGGAGAAAAGCUCAGCAAAGACCCAAAUAUUGUCAUAGCCAAGAUGGAUGCCACAGCCAAUGAUGUGCCUUCUCCAUAUGAAGUCAAAGGUUUUCCUACCAUCUACUUCUCACCAGCCAACAAGAAGCUAACUCCAAAGAAGUAUGAAGGUGGCCGUGAAUUAAAUGAUUUUAUUAGCUAUUUACAACGAGAAGCUACAAAUCCCCCUAUAAUUCAAGAAGAAAAACCUAAGAAGAAGAAGAAGGCACAAGAGGACCUCUAAAGCAACAGCCAAAUGCACCACUUUAUAAAAGGACUCUUAUACCAGAGAAGGCAAAACCAUCAGAGAGGACAGAAUGGAUAUACUCUGAAUCCUGUUAAAUUUUCUCUAAACUGUUUCUUAGCUGCACUGUUUGAAAAUACCAGGACCAGUUUAUGUUUGUGGUUUGGGGAGAAAAUUAUUUGUGUUGGGAAGAAUGUUGUGGGGGUGGGGGGAAUUGAGUUGGGGGAUUAUUUUCUAAUUUUUUUUGUACAUUUGGAACAGUGACAAUAAAUGUGCCCCCUUUA